AUGUUGCCCGUGCGCGCGUACUACGUAGGGAGUACAAUCGACGUGCGUGCGUUGGCGAAGCAAAUGCCGGCGUAUCCGAAAGAGUUUAAUCGCGAAGGAGUGAUCAUACGAAUGUCGCCGAAGAAAGUGGCAGAGUUACCGAGCAUCGAUGGCGACGCCCCGAUACCGCCGGAGAUGUUGAGUCGGUAUUUGGUGGUGUUUAAGUUCGGGAGCGUGGUGUUUUACAACAUGGGGCACAAGGAGCGGGAGGAGUGUUUAAAGCUCGCGAGAUCGUUCACGUCGACGCCUCUGGCGGUGCCAAUGACGGAUGAUUAUCGAGUCGUUGUCAGACCGACGCUCACGGACUGGGCGAGCCUAGAAAGCGAUCAUAUUGUUCUGAAGAGGAUGGAUAUAAACAACAUUAGUGUCAUCUCGAGCGUGCUGGCACAAACUGUCGCGCUGGAACACUACGAGCAAAAAGUGGACGGGAUGGUUGAGAUUUUUAGUAAAUUGAACAAGAGCACGGAGUUGACAGGGGACCUGAACAUUAGCAAGAAGCGCUUGUUCUCGUUAGUCGCCGAGAACAACAACACGCUGACGGAGUUAAUUACGAAACUCGGUUUGUUGGGACGCUCCGACACCGCUUGGCAAUACGCGCAGUAUAAUAUUGUCUGGGAAGGCUUGCGUCAGGAUUUCGAGCUCGAAGAUAGGUUUCAAGAUUUGGAUUACAAGCUCAAUCUCAUUCAAACCCAAGUGAAAUUCUAUUUGGAGAUUCUACAGAAUCGAAAGAGCGACGCGCUUGAGUGGAUCAUCAUCGUACUCAUUUCACUCGAGAUUUGCGUCUCGCUGUACGACAUGGCGGACAAAAUUCCCCCAAUUCCAUGGUAG